AUGGCAAGUGAUCAGCAAUUUCCCGAGAGUUUGGCGUGGGUAGAGCGUGGUUCCGUGCUCAUUCGUCGCAUGAACUCAGAGCGUGUUGCUGAAGAUCCGCGCGUACGUCGUCUACUGCUGAAGCUGUCUCUACCUCCGUCUCCUACCGAAGUGACGGCGAUGGAAGCAAUUGCAGAGGAGAACGCAGCAGCUGGAGAAAACGAAGAGAAGAUGGCGUUGCCUAUACCGCCAACUUCACCUCCUUCGCUACUAACGGAAUCACAAGAGAGCUUUGAAGCUAUUGAAGCGGUGACAGACGCCAACAAUGUGAAGCAAGAGAGCGAGAAUGCGGCUUCCAAUACAUACAGAGUCUUGCUGUGGACCUAUCGACUACAGGCUUCUUUGCAAAGUGCUGUGCAAUAUGCAUCCUUUGCUAAGACUAGUGAAGAUGGAUGCUUUAUUCAGAUUGCACCGAGGGUGUAUUGUGUGGCGCCAUUACAUAUCACGAUGUUCAGUCGACUGCUUGGGGCGUACUCGUCGUCACGCAAUUGGAACGCGGCGGUGAAGGUGCUAGAGUUGCUGGAUUCGCAAAUGACGAAGAGGUUUGAAGAUGAAGCGUGCGUUUUUGAUUGCGGUUUGUUUGACGGAGUCAAGCGUAUGCAUCACAAAGCAUUGGUGUUUGAUGAGUUUUGUGACGGACGGAUUGCUUCUAUCUCGUAUUGCCGUGGCCCAAUUCCAUCAAUGCAUUCAGGAUUUGUGGUCGCCUCGACGGUAGCUGCAUGGCUGGAUCUGAAACCUUCGAACGUUGCAAUUUUGCUUGCACCAAACAAUGAACAAAUGAGUGUGUUUGCAACUUGCUGCACGCUUUACUGUACGGAUGCGUCUUCCUUUCCUGAAAAUUUUGGGAACGAGUUACUCAGUGCGUACUUGCACCACAUUAAGACGGCUGAAACGUGGCCUGCUAAGCUUCAACGAACGUUCAGCGGAAGCAUUUCGAAAAAUGAAGCAUAUACUGGUGGAUUACCAAGACCUCAGGCGCGAUACAUUGCAGAUUUUGGCAAAUUGCUGGAAAUGCGAGACAGGAAACUAAUGGACUGCGCGGACUCGUCUGCGCUAGAGGAGAAGAAACAUAAGCUUACAGGUAUUGCUGUUACACCGGCACCUCGACCGAUUUACAUCCGGCAAAUUGACUUGUUGUCGGGUCCUGAUUGUGAGAAUGAUGCUAUUAGUUCAGCCGCCCCUGCUACCCUAUUAUCCCUAGCCGACAUCUGUCGGCCCUAUUUUGUCAUUCAAAAUGAGAAGGGUGUUUUGUUUUCUAGCAUGGUGAAUGGAGUUCGUAAUGUUGAUAUGCAUUCUGGAACGCACAUAUUCCGGGUGGGAAGACAAUUGCAAAACUGCAGUGAUUUGAUGUUUAAAAUGUACCAUUUGCCUUUUGGACGUCAGGGGGAACUGCUUUUUGAGUGCCGUCUACACGCCAGCAUCUUGUUAGAUCUGCAGAUAGUUGAUGGAGAAGCUGGUAUUGACGAAGAUAAUGUAGGGGUCACUACUUUGUACCUUGAGAAGGGUGACUUUGACUCCAUCUCGUCGACGUUUUCAUUACCCAAGCAGUUUGCAGUUCGAAUUCUGUUUUCGCACAACUCCAGCGCAUUUCCAGCUAUGGAGUUGCCCUUACCUGUAAGGCAGAUGGAUGAAAUCAAUUCUGUUGGGAAUGUAGCGGGGACAGCUGAUCAAGCAAACGGGGAUGCGGCUCAUGUAAGCUCCUUUGCCGAGCAGCAACGGCGCGCCAGCAGUGCGAAGGCUAUGCGGUACGACGGUCCAAGUGCUGUCACCUUUUUGCUCGGGCGGCCUGAUAUUCGGACACCUUUUGGAGAUCUCACUCUGGAGAAAGUUGAUGUGAUUCGGAAGACGCACCGAAACCGAGUGGAUAUCUAUCUGCUUUUUCACGUGGAUGCUGGUCGUGGUCAAACGAAAGUGGUGCCACUGCGACAUUUAUUCCGUUUUGUGCUUCCCGACGCUAUUCGUGAACAAGUAGUACUGAUGGGAGCGAGUGAAGAGUCGUUGAAUGAGAACGUGCCAUCUUCUUUUGACAUGGGUACAGGAAUAAUGCCUUUCGACGAGGAGUAUGCACGAUGGCUACAGCAUUUAUAUGAAACCGACUUGGAUACGCCUGGGAAUAACUAUGACGACGAGUUUGUGAGAGGUGUUGUGGUAACUGAGAUCCACCCGAGCCUGGAUUACCGGAUUGUCAGCAUUGAAACUGAGCCUGACGAAUCGCUUCCUUCCGUCCAAGACCAGCACGGCCGCCGUCCCAACACAUUGAAAUCUCGUGGUGCAUCGACAUCGCUUAUUAACCAACUCCCAACAUACAUCUUCACCACAGCAAAGAAGCACCAUGGUCAUGGCAUUCCUGAUUGCCUAAUUUGCCGCUGCAGCUUUGAGAUCGGUGAGGAGAUCAAGUCGUUGCCGUGCUUUCAUUCGUAUCACUCCGACUGCGUUGAUUCAUGGCUGUCUCUAAACAAGGUUUGCCCAGUUUGCCAGUUCAGCAUCGACCAACUCCGCUAA